UGUUUAUCCUACUAGGUGUCAUAAAUGUCAUAUCUCAUGUCAUUUUUUUAGGUUAGUGAUUUGAUAGUUUUUUUAUAGCCAUGUACUAAAAUACUGAAAAACAAUAGUAUAUUGUGAAAGUGAUUGUACCCUAACGAACUAAUUAAAUUAUUUGUACUAAUUGUAUGCUGGGAACCAUCUGCAUUGUUAUUCCAUAUGACAAAAAAAUAGAUUAGGCAUUGUGUGAAAGUCCAAAAGGUACAACUUAAAUCAUGGUAAAAUUAUAUUGCAUCAGUAUUCUCUACAAAGAUACUACAUACGCUACGUGGUUGAAGUCCGCUUUCGAUUUACAAAGUUUCAGUUUUUUCCAAAGAGGGUCUGUACAGGAGUUUAUGUCAUUCUUUUGUAAGACUAUUGUGGAAAGGACCAUACCAUCAUCGAGACAAUCCGUCAAAGAAGGAGAAUACAUGUGUCAUGUUUAUGUAAGACAUGAUAACUUAGCUGGUGUUGUAAUAUCAGACCACGAAUAUCCCUCCAGGGUAUCGCAUACGCUGAUUACGAAAAUUUUGGACGAAUUCGCUGCUAAAAUACCCGCUGUGAAUUGGCCUACCUUGCAGGAGAGAGAUGUCACGUUUCCACAGCUAAACACUUACCUUACCAAAUACCAGAACCCCAAGGAAGCCGAUGCAAUGACUAAAAUACAGGAGGACCUUGACGAAACCAAGAUUAUUCUGCAUAACACAAUUCAAGCAGUCCUGGAAAGAGGCGAGAAACUGGACGACUUGGUAAAUAAAUCAGAGGGCUUAAGUAUACAGUCCAAAGCUUUUUAUAAGACUGCAAGAAAAACAAACAGUUGCUGCAGUUUUACUUAAAAAAAAAAACCAUCGAUUACGGAAUAAUUCUGUACCAUUCCAAACCUUCUGUGUUUUAAUAUGUGGCGUAAAUCUGUGUAAAUUGCUAUAUAGGGACUUAAUUAUGUCACAAGUAAUGUAAUAGGCAAUUAUAUCGGUGUAUUAUAAUAAACACUAGCAAUGUGGCAUAUGAAUAAUUGUGAAGGCAUAUUUUAAUGUUGUAUGUUUGUUGUAAAAAACUAUUUGCGUUACACCUCGUUUGUUUUACAAUUCCUUCGAUACUUUCAUUUUUUUUUCUAUACUCGUUUCGGCAAUAAAAUUAGAUUUUAUCUAUGGUGGAAAACUUUUGUUUAUUGAAUAUGUUAAGUAAAUAUCGAUUCGAUGCUUUAUAUUUACUAUGUUAUAAAUUUUUUAACUAGAAUAUAUUUUAAACAUUAAUUAUAUGAAUUUGCUUUAUGUUUAGGCAAAAAAUUAAAAUUCUCAGGUACCGGCCCCAACAACAUUUCACUUAUUUUAAUCCAAUCCGAUGCAGACGAAGAAGCCAUCAAGGUUUCCAAUUCGUCGCGUCCCCUAUAAAGCGGAGGUCUCUCAUUGAUUUUUUGCGGUGGAGUUUCCAAAACUCCUACAGGAAUAUAUCUGUACAAGAAAGACAGCCAUUCCAACAAAAAUCUUCUGGUAUUUUCGACGCCUUUGUUAUCGGAGCCCCAAUGUUCCAGUCCAUAAUUUGUGAAUUUCUUGAUAAUCUCGAAUCUUUCGGAACUCGAUAUAUCCCAGAUUUUCUGCUCCUUUAUUUCCGUAAAUAUCCACGGUUUUAUUAGAGCACCUCUGCCUAACAUCACACCUGAAAUACUAGGAGCUGUUUCUCUAGCUCUCACAUAAUCUUCGUAACUCAAAAU